AUGCCAUCUGCAACAGGAAACAAGCGCGUCAGGGGCGUCUCGGUGUAUCGGCCAUUUGUCUUUGGCAGCAGAGCGCAUCCCUUCACGGACAAAGAUAAGCCCUCAGAUACCCCUGCCGACCACACCCACCGCUGGACGAUCUUCGUCCAAGGAGUCAACGGCGAGGACAUCUCCUACUGGCUUAAGAAAGUCCAAUUCAAGCUGCACGAGACCUACGCCCACAAUGUGCGCUCAAUCGAGAAGCCUCCUUUCGAAAUUUCUGAAACCGGCUGGGGUGAAUUCGAGAUCCAAAUCAAGCUCUACUUUGUGCCCGAGUCGAACGAGAAAGCCCAAACACUCUGGCACAGCCUGAAGUUACACCCAUACGGACCGGAUGCGGAGGGCAUGAAAGAGCGCGGGGAUGAUGUGAUCAGCCAGAACUACGAGGAGAUCAUUUUCAACGAGCCCAUCGAACCGUUUUACGAAGUUCUUACCGGUGGUCCUGCUGGUCCCCAGUCUGCCAAGAGCAAGGGAAAGAACGCCAAAACCAGUCCACCAACCAGGACGGCGGAGAUCCCGAUCAAUGAUACCCCAGAUUACCCCGGCAGACCGGGCAACCCGUACAGUCAGGAUACGGAGGGCAAGGAACUUGAUCGCAUGGCCGAGGCUACUCGGACGGUGGAGCAGAUGAUCAAGGAAGAGAAGGAGCGCCUUAUCGAGAGGGAGAAGUAUUUGGCCCAGCUGCGAGAGAGUGAGGGUGUGCCCGCCAAUACGAAGAAACGGUGA